AUGAGCGCAUGCCAAGACCAUCACAUCCGGCUGUACAACACUGACACACUGACCGAGCAAAAGGCCUUCAAGGACGUCGUGGCGCGCGACGUCGGCUGGAGCAUUGUAGAUACCGACUUUAGCCCGGACCAGCGCAUGAUCAUCUACUCGUCCUGGUCCAACUUCGUCCACAUAUGCAAUGUGGCCGCGGAGUUUGAGCUCCACGAGGCCCUAGACUUUAGACCGGAGUCCCGCCAUUUUUGCCUCUUCUCCAUCAAGUUUUCGCCCGACAGCCGGGAGAUCAUCGCUGGCAGCAGCGACAACUCCGUGUACAUCUACGACAUUGAGACUAAAAAGCCGACGCUCGUCGUAGACGCGCACACGGACGACGUGAACAGCGUGUGCUUCGCUGAGGACAGCCCCUCCAUGUUUUACUCGGCCUCAGAUGACGGCAUUUGCAAGGUUUGGGAUCGGCGCCUGCUUAAGGGCGGCUCUAAUGACGCCGUAGGAGUGCUAGUUGGUCACUCCGAGGGUAUCACCCACGUAAAUUCGAAGGGGGAUGGCCGUUACCUGCUGACUAACAGCAAGGACCAGAGCAUCAAGCUGUGGGACAUCCGGCGCAUGACCAACCCCAGCAAGAUCGACAAGGGCCACGUGCCGGCCCGCCGCUACUGGGACUACCGCUGGGAGGACCACUCCCCGCGCAACCACCAGGGGCCCUGCAAGAACGACACGUCGCUGCAGACGUAUCGCGGCCACCGCGUGUUGCAGACCCUGGUCCGCGCCUACUUCUCCCCGGUGGAAAGCACCGGGCAGCGUUACAUCUACACCGGCUCGACCGACGGCACCGUGUACAUCUAUGACGUCGUCUCCGGGGAGACGGUCCGCAAGCUGAGCGGACACUUUGCCACCGUGCGCGACGUGGCGUGGCACCCGACGCUGCCCCUCCUCGCAACGAGCUCGUGGGAUUGCACUGUCGGUGUUUGGGAACACCACAGGGCCAGCGAAUCUUAGGAAACUGUAACUGGAAAGCAGGACUGUAGCAUAGUUGGGCUCUUCUUAGCUAGCUGGCUAGAUGUAGCGAGUAUUUAAGCAGACAUGUACAUCUAGUCGAUGUUGAAGGCUAGCGAGUAGUGUACAGAGGAGCAGGCAGGUUGUUUGGAUUUGUGCUAGUACGUUCUGGCUUUCCAAGUGAUUGGUGUGUGCUUACUAGAUGAAGGUAGACGAGGUAAGCACGAGUCGAGUCGAGUCGUGUCGAGUCAGGUGGUUAGGUGGACAACUCAGGACUGCAGUUAACGAGUUUCUUGUGACAGCGUGGACAAGGCCAUGGGGGCCAUCCUGUACUUUGUUCGUGUGUGUUCGAAGAGUUUAAUCGCCCUAAAUCACAAUCCGACUGCUAUAACCGUCAAUAGUGGUUCGGCCGGGC